AUGUACUCCAUCCGCUCCAUCGCCCGCCGCGCGCCUUUCGUGUCCGCUGGCCAUGUCCAGCGCGCUGCCUUCUCACAGUCAAUAGCCCGCAGCGCCGGCAAGGAGUCCAAGCUGCACACCGAGGGCCGCGCCGACGAAGCCGAGCAGCUCAAGCAGCAGCAGCUGAAGAACCAGAAGGAGGGCAAGGGCAAGUGGGAGGAGGGUCUUGCCAGCGACAGCGAGAGCAUUGUCAAGGCGGACAGGAGCGAGACUGGUGCGUCGGCCAAGGAUAAUAUCAAGAAGCUCCAGGAGGAGACUGCGAAGGUCAGCUCGAAGCAGUGA